AAAAUAGAGGUGUGGAGGUUAAACAGUCUGAUGAUCAACUUCACCAUCUUCACCGCACAUCAUUUAUAAUUUGAUUCCAGAAGGGUAAUCCGUUCUUAUAACUUCACCUGCAAAUAAUCUCUCUUAUCGUAACCCUUUUCCCAAAUUUCCCAUUUUUAAUUCACACCUCAUUUUCCUCGAUCUCAAAUUCCCCCGGCGCUUCCCCUUUCACGGCCAUGUCCGAUCAAGACUCCUCCCCUCCGGUCCAAGUUGAAUCCCGAGAGCCGGAGAUCAAAGAUCCCAUUAAGCCGGCGAACCCAUUUGCUACCAAAUUCAGCAUAUGGCCACCAACGCAGCGCACUCGUGACGCUGUUACAAGCCGUCUGAUCGAAACCCUCUCCACCCCUUCCAUUCUCUCUAAGCGUUACGGCACGAUUCCGCCUGAAGCCGCCGCCACCAUUGCGCGGGUCAUCGAGGACGAAGCGUAUGCCACUGCCGAUGGGUCUCCAACCACCGUGGACGACGGCAUCGAGAUUCUGCAGCUCUACUCCAAGGAGAUUAGUAAGCGGAUGCUCGAGGCGGUGAAGGGUAGAGCGAUUCCCGCGGCUCCGACGGAAAAUGGUGAGAAGGAGGGAUCGUCAUCGCCUGUUGUUGAUCCUAAUGACGAAAACCCUACUUCGGAAAUUGAAUCUUGAAUUUCUGGGUUGUUGGUCUUAAUGUUAUUACCCUGUUUGAGCUUCUUUUACUGGAGAUCUGCGUGUCCACUAUCCACACAUUGCAUACAAAGACAAUUGUUUGUUUUUCUUGUGUUCUACGACCUUAUAUUCAAUGAAAAUGGAAGCAUUUUAUUGCCUAGA